AUGGCUUUCGCCGUCGCCUCCAAGAGGGCCCCGCUGGCCGUGGCCGGCCUCCUCAACAAGCUCCUCCUCGCCGCGCCGUCCGCCUCCGCCUCCGGGGCCGCGCCCGCCGCCGCAGCGCUCCGCCCAGCCCCAGCGUGCGUCGUCGCUGCCCGCCGCCUCUUCAGCUCUGGCGGCGCGCCGUUCCGCCGCGACGACUUCGACAGCAGCGAGGAGUACAGCGGCGACGAGGAUGUCGUCUACGAUCGCCUCCGUUCGCGCGGCUUCUCCGUCUCCAUGUUCUCCUCAGCAGGCGAGCCGAUGAGCCUGGGCCGGCUGCUGGCGCUGAUGGAGGACAAGGCAGCGGCGGCGCCAAGGCGCGAGUGCUGGGUGUCGAAGGAGGACGCCGACGCGGUGAAGCUGAAGGUGGCGAUGCCGGGGCUGGGCAAGGAGCACGUGAAGGUGUGGGCGGACCAGGUCGGCCUGAUGAUCGAGGGGGAGGGCGACAAGGACACCGAGUACGACGACGAGGAGGAGGCCCCGGCGUGGUACGGCCGCCGCAUCGAGUUCCCGGCGGACACUUUCAAGAUGGACCAGAUCAAGGCUGAGAUGAAGCAUGGGGUGCUCAAGGUCACCGUGCCCAAGAUCAAGCUCGAGGAGCGCGAGAACUUCCAGGUCAAGGUCGAGUAG